CCCGUUGACAGACGCGAAGAAAGCAAGCUUGCUGGAUUUGAGUUUGUUUUUUGCAGCUUGAACGCGUCCUCUUUUCGUAAAAAAACACUGCGUCGUCUAGCUUGAACGUAUUUAAUUUAAUUUAAAAAAUAGUAAUAGCGACAAAGAAGUGAACUAAUAUUUUGUUUUUGACAAUUCUAUAACAAGAGUGUUACGGCGGGCUGCAGGAAAGUCGACUGCAUCGAUUUGGUGUGAUUGCAGAAUAAUUGUAGCGGCUAACGCAUCCACUUUGUGUGACUAAUCCAGGCGUCUUGCUGAGGAAUAUUCGUGGGAAAGUUGCCGGGAUGGCGGUACGUGAAAACAGGCGAUGAAUCCCUCCUCCGAGGGCUGCAUGGCAAAAUCCUCUGGAGGAUUGUUUUGGAUGGAGCACUUUCACACUGUGAGAUUCAACGCCAUGAGCGUGAUUCACAUCUAGCUGUGGACACUUGAGGUGGGAUCGAGCCACAAAGACCGGACCACCAGCACCACCUGUGUGUGUCCACGGACAUGGAUAAACUGACUGUCAUCUCAGGAUGUCUCUUCCUCGCUGCAGAAGUCUUCGCCAUCGCCAGCAUCGCGAAUCCGGACUGGAUCAGCACCGGAGAGUCAGCCGGCUCUCUGACUGUCGGUCUGGUCCGACAGUGCCAGACCAUUCACGGCCGAGAUCGGACGUGCAUUCCCCCUCACAUGCCCCCGGAGUGGGUCACGACCCUUUUCUUCAUCAUCCUGGGCAUCCUCUCGCUGACCGUCACUUGUUGUCUGCUGGUCAUGUCCCACUGGCGUCGUGAGGUUGUCCGAUAUGCACGCUGGAUCGCCUUCACAGGACUUGUCCUCUUCUGUAUGGCCGCCCUCAUUUUCCCAAUCGGCUUCUACGUCAAUGAGGUUGGAGGACAGCCAUACAAGCUGCCCAACAACACCGGGGAUCUUAAGGUUGCCAUGGGAACAUCAUAGGAUAUGGCAAUAAUGUAUCUUUAUGAAAGGAUCCAGCAGCAGGAAUCCAGUUGUCUGUGAGUGUGUUGUGUUUGUGUGUGUUAAAGUUCCCGUGUAACGUCGCCGUUCAAAGUUCUCUUUGACGUUGCCCGUGAAUGCGACAGACACAAACAUGGCUAUUUUAAGGCCGGCGAAUUGUUUCAUGCGAGCGAGCCAAGUGAAGUGAGAGCACAUGGAAACAGGAUUUAUCUUUAUCUGCUCGUUUAUUUGCUUAUUUUCUCAAGCACAGACAAACACACAAAGCCUUUGAUUGGGUUUGGCGCGUAUGGGGAAAAAGAAUGUGAGCGACAGACUUAAUGAAAUGUGUGCAACAAAUGUGUGUCACUUCUUAUUGAGAAUUAGCAGUAUGACAUACUCAGUUGCAACCCUGCAUUGUGUUUGGAAAUGUUGGGAGGACAACAAAAUAGGGUAAAUAUCUCGCAUGCAUGCUUUCUUCUGUUAAAUUAUUUCCGAAGUAAUUAUCUGUCCCCAACUGUGUGCUUGAUGCUUCUGAUGCCGAGGCAGGUUAGGGUCAUGGUUCACCUCAAGUGGGUGAGCUUUGAAAUGGCAUCUGUUCUGCCAAGUGACUCCACAAGGGGGCGCAAUAUGUCCUUAUGCAAUCCUUUUGAAACUGGGAUGUUAAAUUUACAAGACAUCGGUAAUCUAAUUGAAGCGUUCAUUCCAUUUACGCUUAUAUAUUUACACAGACAUGCUGAACAAAAGAAUCUGUUUAUAUAAAAAAAAAGAACAGAUUUUGUAGUAAGAGUGUCAGCAUAAACGGGUGAAGCAAUAAAAACACAUCGGGGGGGAAAAACAGAUUUUGUAGUAAAAGAGUGUCAGCAUAAACAGAGGUGAAGCAAUAAAAAUAGGUUGAAUGAAUGAAGACACACAAAGUGACACAAAAGUCAAAAUAGAUACAGAAAUGAGACACCAGUGUACUCCAUUAGCUAAUCUUCACUCUGAACUGACUUGAUUAUUUCUGCUCUUUUCUCACUGGCUGUCUCCUUAAACUUUUGGAUGGCCUGGUUACAGGAUUUUUUCUGCAAGUGGAAGAAAACAUGGCAUUAGAUACACACAUGUUUACAUUCAUACAUUUAUAAAAUCUCAUUUCGAGUAACAUACAACUUCAAAAGUGUGCUUCUCCAAUUGCAGCUUUAAAAUCUCCUCCACGGUCAGAUCUUCCACGUUCUUCUUCAGGGCAAUGAAGUGACAUGAAGGUGAAUGGGAUUUGUGCUCCUUCCUGUCAAAUGGAGACACAAUUAAGCAGUUAAGGAAGCAAUCUUAAACAUUGAAGGUACUUUUAGACAAAGUGUUUGUACAUUGUGUUGUUUUGUACAUGUUGCUGCUUUUAAACACUUGGAUUGCAAA